AUGUUUAUUUUAUUUUAUUUAACUAUUGCUGUUGCCAAGUUCACCAGAGUCACUUUUCCUGUGAAUGACAUAAGAGAUAACAUUUAUUUCCUAUAAAAAUAUGGGGUUGAUCUAGGAAAAGGCACAUUCUCUUUUAGAGCUAGACUAACUAAACCAUUUGAUGAAUAGACAGAUGAUUUUGUCUAUUUCAGAUUCCACAUAUUUACUGAUGAUUAUUGGCCUAUGUAAAAAAGGGAAUCUAAAUGUACCAAUAAAAGAUCAUUGGGCACUUAUUAAGAAAGAGAAAAAUUGCCAUUAAAUGGUAAUUGGAGUAACCUUAAAGAAAAGAAAAUAAAUUUGUAUUAUAGAGAUAAAAUAUACAUUGUUGCUACCUCAGAUUGUGAUGGAGAAUUAGCAAAAGUAGAAGGAUACUAAAUUGAAAUUGAAAUUACUUCAUUAAAUAAUGGAUCUCAUUUUUCAUGUGAAGAUAAUGGAAUUUAAAAACUAUAUGGAAUACAAAUUAUUUGCAGUAUCCUUAUUGGAGCCUAUUGUAUAAUAAAGGGAAAGGAUGAUUUGUUUAUUAAGUAUGUUAUGAGAGUACUUUUAAUUGAUAUCGUUGCUGAAGUACUAUUUCUACUGCAUUAUACAGUCUAUUCCUAUAAUGGAGUAGGAAUCUAUUUCUUCGAUUUAUUAGGCAGUAUUUGUAAUAAUGCUUCCCAAUUAUUAUUUGCAUUCCUAUUUGUGGCAUUAUCAUAAGGAUGGACUAUUACAAAGUAAGAACUCAAUACAGUUUAAUUCUUUCCAUUCAUUUCAAUGAUAGUGAUAUAUUAAUCUAUUAUUAUGAUUAUUAUAAAGUACUUUGAUGGAAGUGAAGAUAAAUAUCAUAAUUUUUAUGGAAUUGGUGGAUGGUUAUUAAUGUUGUCAAAAAUUGGAUUGACAUUUUUAUAUGCUAUUGGAAUUUAUAAUUUAUCUAAGUAAGUUAAAUAAAAACAAUUUAUAUUUUUAAUUGCUAUAGUUGGAAUCUUAUAUCAGAUUCACUAUCCGGUUGUAGUAUUUAUUUCAGAAGUAUUUGUGGUUCCUUAUUGGAAAAAUAGAGUUAUUACAAUGACCACAAUUCUUGUUUCACAUUUAUGCAUGGUUUUUUGUGCAUUUAUUUGCACUACAAAAUCCACUGCCUAUUUUUAAUUGAAAAAUUAGAGUUAGACUAUAAUCUGA